GUCAUUGUUGGGGUUCCUCGGGAAGUCGUGGGGAGGCUGCUGCGGACGGUCCCGGGGUAUGAGGCAGAGGGGGAGCAGGCGUGCUGAUAUGGCUUUGACCUCAGCAAACCAGCCUCAGCUGAUUCGGAGCAGCCAGAAGGAUGAGCAGUUCCAGAGCUGUCUGAGGGGGCAGGCUCAUGAGGCCUGCCAGGCCUUUACUGGUGCCAAAAAAUGGCUGCAGUGGAGGAAAGAGAUUGAGCUGCUGUGUGAUCUCGCUUACUACACUCUUACCACAUUUUCAGGUUAUCAAACCUUGGGAGAAGAAUAUGUUAAUAUUGUCCAAGUGGAUUCUUCAAAGAGGAAAGUGCCAUCCGUUCUGCAGCGCUCUCUACUCAUCUGCUGCCACACCUUGUUACCUUAUUUCCUGGAUAAAGAACUAGCUCGCCUAGAACAAGAGCUGCAGAUUGAGAUUGAUGGAGUCCGGGUUCUACACAGCGGCUUGUCUUCUGGUAGUCACCACCGUUCAUGGAUGUGGAAGUGGAUGCACAGAAAGAUAGCUUCUCUUCCAGAGCAGGAAAAAAAGACUCUGGCCAAAACAGUUUAUGCCAUCAGGCAGAGUAUCACCUUUCUUAGAAGGUUGCACCUGGCUGUGUUCUAUAUGAAUGGAAUCUUCUACCACAUUGCCAAACGCAUCACCGGUAUCACAUAUCUGCGUGUCCGUGGAUCACUUGGAGAUGAUAGUAUUGUGCGUCAGAGUUACGGUCUCCUUGGUGCAGUAUCAGUGGUUCAUCUCAUGUUGCUGCUGUAUGUCCAGCUGAAUCAUUUUCAGCAGAAGCAGGAAGCCCAGCAGAAAUUCAAGCUACACCGCAGAAUGUCCUACCAGAGGGCACCGCCACAUGAGAAAAAACUACCAGCGACCCUCUAAGUGCACAUUGUGUUUAGAGCACCGGAAACAUACCACAGCCACACCAUGUGGCCACCUCUUCUGCUGGGAAUGCAUCACUGAAUGGUGUAACACCAAGGCUGAAUGCCCACUGUGCCGAGAAAAAUUCAAUCCACAGAAGCUGGUGUACCUGCGGCACUACCGAUGA